GUCUUGCUCCUUCAUCUAUCUCUCUCGUGUGUGUGUGUGAUUGACAUCUGGAUUGGCUUCCCUGUAAAGUUUGCUUAGAGCAUCUGCAUACGAUUUUCCUGCGGCGAUUCUGAUCACCAUUGCUGAUCCUCUUGUGAUCCGCUCAAUUCUGGGACGCUGUGACUUCAGUACUCCCGUCUCCUUAUCAUCUUCAUUUUUUAAAGAGCGCGGCAUCGAUGCGUACAAACGUCCAACAGAGAAAGAAGAAGAAGCAUGGAUAAAGGGAAGACGGCAGACGAUUGGAUUUAUCGAUGCAGUCGACUUGAUGUAGGCUGGAAAAGUGCAAAGAGACGUUUUCCACAAAUGUUUGGUUGAGGUUGCACAUGUUUUUGCCGUUUCUACUGCUCUAUUCAAACAAGUUUGACAUUAACCUGCUUUCUGAGUGAUUGCGUCUUAUUUAUAUAUUUAUAUAUAUAUAUAUAUAAAUAUAGCCAGCACGACAUUCAACCACUUCCGCAUCCUCCACCCCCACGUGGCCGCACCAUUACCUGAUAAGAGCUGGAGAAGCGGCCGCAGCCGCAGCUGCCUCGGAGCUCUGAGGAGCUGGAGGAUUUGCAAAAGCUGCUGCACUUCCCCGAGGAAGUGGCGCUCAGGUUGGCGGAGACUGAGUACCACUUAUUCUAUCAGGUACCACCCAACGAAUAUUUGCGGCACGUGGCACAAGAUCCUGUUUUAACUCAGAAGCAAUCAUCAUCAAGAUCGUCAACAUCUCCAGGUCUUGGCUCCAGUUUUCCUUGUACGACGAGUAGCGCAACACAGACGGAAGAAGAGGCCUCUUGGCCUACUGCUACUUCUGUCACAACCUCUGUGCAGACCCUCAUUAACCGCUUCAAUGAGGUGAGCUCAUGGGUGACCCACGCAAUAACAAGUGGCGCGACGAUCGAGGAGCGACAAGCCAUCCUCUCCUGCCUUUUACGAGUGGCCCAAACUUGUUGGAAUACUGGAAAUUUUAAUUCAGCUAUGGAAAUCGUUGCUGGUCUCAAAUCUAACAAGUUGAAGCCAUUUUGGCAAAGCGUGAACGAGCCUCUUCCGGUUCUAGAAUACCUAUCUUCCGCACUACUGUCUUCCGAGUAUGAGCACGCUUUGGCACGAGCUCUGGCAAUGUCAGAAUGCCCAGUGGUACCAUUCUUUGGAGCCUUCCUGCGGGAACUGCGGGAAGUUUCAUCUUUUGUCUGCUCGAAGCUUUCGCCGGAACGCAAAGACAAAGACAAAGAGACUUUGCGUGAUAGCAGUAAGGAGGGCGAGACCCUCGAAAACGUGCCUUUUCCCUCGCCUGGUGCGAGGGUCAGUAUGGAGAGUGAGGUAGAGACAACAUCGGGUUGGAGCUCGACAAGUAGUAGUGGUUCGUUGAAAAAGUCAGGAAACUCGGAAAACGAAAUUCGCAAGAGGCCCGGAAACGUCAAGAAUACAAGAUCCGUUCUUGACAAAAUUGCCCUCUUUCAUCAGCAUCAUCAUGCACGUGGUAGAGAUGCAAUCACGUGUUCCCUUCAUCGUACAUUAAGUAUACAUACAACUGCCCUGGAACAAAGUUACAUGUCUGAGGAGUGUGAUGAGAAUGAUUAUCAUCUUGACCUUGAUUCAUAUAAGCCGGUUCAACCCCUUCAUAUUGACCAUGGGGUCACACUAUUUCCAGUAGCUGCAAAAAAUGUUGGAACUGAUCUUCAUCUUUUACAGACUUUACACCAUGGAACGACCCUUGUGCACUGGGACUGUGAUAGUGGAGCAUCGCGAACAGCAUUGGUCUACGCUCGUGUUGAUCGUGCUUGUGGCACUUUCAUUUGGGAAAAGCCAUCAUGGAGUUCGUUAAAAACAGCAAGUACAUUGGGUACAGGAACACAAGAUUUUUGCCUGACAAUCAAUGCCGAAGAAACAAUACCCCCAGGAUUAGUGAAUAGAUAUUCUGCACAGCAAACAGAUUGUGCUUUUGUCAGUCUUGAGGAAGGUUACAUUGAUCUUGCAUGCGUAAAGGAGGUCAUGAUUGGAUGCUGCGAUCGAGAUCGAGAUCAAGAAUUAAGGGGUAUUUGCAAAAGAUACGGCCUCCCUGGAUCUGAUUCUUGCAUUGGUUUGAUGUAUGGGUCAAGUCUAUCGGAUAAUCGGCUUAUCUUUCUUCUUUGCCCGCCAGCACUCAGCAAAACAUGGUACAUGGGUUUGUGUUGGAUUCUUCGGGGCUUAAAGAGACAACAACAAUUAACAGAUCGAAGAUCACGUUGGCUUAAAGAAAAGUACCUUCAGCUUUACUUUGAGGAGGGUUGUUCUGAACCAAUGACAGCUGAUGCAAUUCGUAUUUUUGGUGGUCGAGAUUGGUCCGUUACCGAAAGUAUUGGAAGUCUAUCACCUACCAGUAGUAAUACUUUAAAAAGGCGGAAUGACAAAAGAAAGAAGACAAAAUCGAUUGGAAAUAUUCAUGCAUUAUCUAAGGAUUUGAGCUUUAGGCAUUACGAUUCUUCAGCGGAUGGAGGAUUAUCCAUGGCCCCUUUGCAUUAUAUAACAGGAAGCAGAGAAUCUUUAACUAAAGUUGUACCGGCUUCUCCACGAACGGGCAGAGACAGAAUUCCAUCUCGAAGUCCCCCUGGAUCUGCUGAGCGUAUUGUCACCUCAAAUUUGCCUUAUUCCAGUUUACAGAGGGAUAAAGAUAAGAACGGUUCCAGUGGAUUAGGUGGAAGCUCAGAAUCACCAUGGCAAGUGAAAGCAAAAGCCACAUCCAUCAUGUAUGAGACUCAAUUGAAUUUUGUCGAAUUCGUUGCUCUAUUUCGAUCCUUCAGUCUUCGUGCAAGAAAAGAUCUUCGUGAUCUUUUUGGACAAUUGGCUAUCACUUGUCGAAGUCAGAGUGAUGGUUCUAUAAGGGAUGUUAAUAAUCUUCGUUCUUCCGUUCUACGUCAGACGAGUGACGCAACACCACAACGAAUCGGUCUAUUAACGAGGAACAACUCCAUCGACUGCCAUGAGUACAAAUCACACAGUAACCUUCACAAAAAGCAGAUACUUGACGCUGUUGCAGCGGCUAGUAUUGUUAAUAAUUGUUCUGGAGUCGAUACAUCUAAAUCACAAGUGAUAACACUCGCAACUUUUACUAAAUUUUUAGAAUCCAGACAACAAGAAAAACUCACGGACGAUGAUAUUAAAAAUCUCAUCAAGAGGCACGAACCAGACCCGGUCCUUCGCACACAGUGGUGUUUAUCUUUCGAAGGUUUCGCUCGGUACAUGAUGGACAAAGACAAUUACGCCUUCCCCAACGAGUAUGCGACGCCCUCGGAAACUGAAAUGCAACAACCUCUUUCUCAGUAUUAUAUAGCAAGUUCGCACAACACAUAUUUAACAGGCCAUCAACUUAAAGGCGAAUCUUCUGUUCAAUUAUAUUCACAGGUUCUGCAGACCGGAUGUCGGUGCGUGGAAUUGGACUGCUGGGAUGGAGACGACGGUUCUCCACUCAUUUAUCAUGGUCAUACCUUUACUACAAAAAUUCCUUUUCGUUCAGUAGUGGAAGCGAUAGAUAGGAGUGCCUUUGUUAGCUCACCCUACCCUGUGAUUCUCUCCAUUGAAAAUCACUGCUCUCAAAGCCAGCAAGCUCGGAUGGCUCAAGUAUUUCAACAAGUAUUUGGGGAGAAACUCAUCAAUAAAUUUCUAUACGAGUCGGAUUUUGGUGAAGAUCCUCAAUUACCAUCUCCCUCGCAACUUCGAUAUCGUAUUCUUAUCAAGAACAAAAAAAUGGUCGUCGACCCUUCAGGAUCGUUAGUUCAUGCACCAUUGGGCCACAGAGGCAAGAUGCUCAUGUCGGAUCGAGCUUCAUCAAUGAAACAAAUGAAAACCGACAUGAGCAGCACUUCGGUAACAGUCGAAUAUUAUAGUGAGGAUGAAGAUGACGAGGAAGAAGAUGAGGAAGAUGAUAAUGUUGAUGAUAAUUCCAUCUCUAGUUACGAGAAAUACUUAGGAGGACAAUUGCCACAUGGUCGAAUAAAAUCAGAUUUAGCUGAGGACAAAUCCCAAAGGCAAAGUAGUCAAAUAGCAAAGGAAUUGUCUGAUCUUGUUGUUUAUUUGCAAGCAAUAAAAUUUCGCGGCUUAAAUACAACAGCUGGAUCAGGAUCAAUGGGUAAAAUUCGUCAUCAACCACACACGGGAACAGUGCAAAGACAUAGUAUUGCCGGUAUUGGAACAGCCGGUGUUGCACCAUCAUCAGGAUCACCUCAAUCAUUAUCGACGUCGGCCUCGAUUGCCAGCGGUGGCAGUAAUAUCGACAAUAUUUUCCGUAUAACAAGAGGUAUUCCAGCAUGUUUUCAAACAUCAUCAUUAAAUGAGAGUGCAGCAAAGAAAAUUUGCCGUAAACAACCAUUAGGUGUUGUUGCACAUGCGGAGACACAACUUAUUCGAACAUAUCCCGCUGGUAUGCGAAUUGAUUCAUCAAAUUUUAAUCCAGUUAUAUUUUGGGCAUUUGGACUUCAAAUGGUAGCACUUAAUUAUCAAACUGACGAUGCUGCACUACAUUUGAAUGCUGCGAUGUUCGAACAAAAUGGACAAUGUGGUUACGUGAGAAAACCAUCUGUUAUGUGGGAUAAAGAUCACAUGAUGUACAGACGCUUCAAUCCCUGGGACAAGGAGUUCGAUGGACUACACUCGGUACAUUUGACCCUCUCGAUUAUAUCCGGUCAAUAUGUUUCUCCAGCGAAUCUUGUAACCAGCACCUAUGUAGAAAUCGAAUUAGUUGGCAUUCAAAUAGACUGCGCGAAACACAAGACCAAAGUUAUUCAAACCAAUGCACUCAAUCCAAUAUGGAAUGAGAAAUUCUGUUUUCAAGUAAUGUUUAGAGAUUUAGCAUUCUUACGAUUUGGAAUUGUUGAAGCAAGCUCACAUCAUUUAAUAGCCCAACGAGUUCUACCACUCAAAUGUCUUCGACCUGGAUAUAGACACGUGAGAUUACGUUCGUUAAAAAAUAAACCACUUGCUCUAUCGACACUAUUUAUUUAUUCACGAAUGGAAGAGGAGAGCCUCGAUUAUAAUACAUGUUGUCGCGAUCAUAAGGAAUCAUCAAAACGUCCUUCCUCCGGUAAGGAACCAGAAAAACUCAAUACCAUUGAUCCGGGACUUAGUGGUGUCACACUAAAACGAAGAAUGUUUUUCCUCAUGGUUUAUCAUGUCGUACCCGAGGAACCUUACACUAUUCUCAAGGUUACACAGGAGAGUACAACGCAGGAGGUUAUGUUGCAAGCACUACAAAAGGCAGGAAUAUCAGCAGAGCAUGUUGAUGAAUAUAUUCUCGUUGAGGAAGUGUCGAGAGGUUGGGAGAAAAGGGAAAGAGAAGAAUUACCAACGCAAAGGGUUUUGGAUCCAAUUGAACAUCCAUUGCAAGCUCAGGCAUUGUGGAAGGGUCAGGGACGAUUUCUUCUCAAAAGAGUUGGUAAUGAUCCAAGUAGUAGAGCGUGGCUUGCAUCAAUAAGAAGUACAGCUGGUCAUCUAAAGUUAAAUGACGAUAUGAUGAGAGAUAAAUCGUCGACACACAUUUGGGAUGAGGAGGAUACAUUUUUGGUUUGUGUUUAUAAUGUUUCGCCGGAGAUACCUUAUGCUAUAUUACGAGUACCAGUGAGUAGUUCGGCGCAAGAUGUAUUGGCUCAGGCAUUAGUGAAGGCAAGAAGAAUGGAGGAUCCAACGAGAUUUGCCCUUGUGGAGGAACUUGAAUGGGGCGGCGCCGGUGCAGUUGGAAGCGGUAAUCGACAAUUGCGAUUGUUGAGAGACGAUGAGAAUGUCUAUACAACGCAGGCCUUUUGGAAGACAUUGGGAAGGUUUGUGUUGCGAGAACGUGAACAGGCAAUACCAAGGAGACAUUUAUUGCCAGCAACAUUGGAUCGACUCAGCAAGGGCUUCUCUGUGGGGAGAUCGGUCUCAUUACCUGGCUCCAGUAAGGAGAAAGUCCCUGUUGCCGAAGCAUUGUCCGAUCCGACAUCGCGAGGUUUAAGACAUCGACUAUUGUUGCCAGGUAGAAGGAGAGAGGUGCAUUCUGAUGGAGAGGAUGCGAGAGAGUCCGACCUUUUGAAUGCAGCCCUCAACUUGAAGAAGGUCUCGCUGCGGAAGUUUCGUAUGUGGAAAUCAUAGUGGCAGUCGCGGGCGACGUCACUCUCUUCGGUCUUCGCCCCUCGGAAAAGCAAUUAGGUAUUAGGGCGCAUUACUUACCCCAUUAGUUGAUAUUAGGACUGCAAGGCAGAAUAAAAAAAAAAUAAUAAUAAUAAUUAGAUAAACCAAAUUAGUUGUAAAGGAAUUAAUUACAUUAGUAUUUAUCGUUAAAAAAAAGAAAACAUAUUUAAACGGAUAUCAGCAGCAUGUCGAGGUUCAGUUUGAAGCCUGGAAAUUGAUAUUUUGAACAGUGGCACUAUAAAUAAAAAUCUCAUGCUAUUUUUUUUUAUUUUAAAGUUUCUUAUUGGACUUUUGACCAGGCUGAUGAUAGUGGCAGCAAAAUUAUUAGAUUUUUAGAAAUUAGCCUCUUCCCACAAGGAAAGAUUCCAAUUGGAAAAAACUGUCAGAAUUCCGAUAAUUUCUUUUUGAUCAUGAAAAAAUAAUUUUACAAUAUUUCCAAACGCACAUUUCUUAAACAAAUUGGAAAUAUUAAAAAUGUUGAAAUAAUUUUUUCAUUAGCAGUGAAAAAAAUCGGAAUUUUCCUAGGAACUUUUCCUUGUGAGUUGAAAAAAAAGAAAAUGAAAUAGUUUUUCAUGUUUCUUGGAAGUAAAAUCAUUUUACAAACAAUAGAUGAAAAUAAUUUUCAAAUACUCGGAAAGUUUUUUUGUAAUUCCUCAACUUAUACUUGUUUCUUUUUCUUUCUUCACUGUUUAGUAGUUUAAUCAUCUAAGGAUUUACACAUUUGUAAAUAAUUUCAUCACAUAAUGUAAAGUUUACAAUUUAUGUCAUUUUAGGUUUAAAUUCUUGUAAGUUAUUUGAGAUUUCUCUAAAUAAGCAAAAAAAAUUGUUUAAUUAGAAUUCGACAAUUUGAUUCAAGAUUUUUUUUAGUUUCUGAAGCAAUUUUAAACAAAAAUAUAUAACAAAUUAGGAUAUUAAAAAAUUUUGUAUGUUUUAAUUCUAUUUGUAAAAUAUAAAAAUAAUUUAUUAUUAUUAUUACUAUUUAUAAAAGAAAAUAGUCUAAUUUUUAGUAAGUUAUUAAAUUCUAGUAAAAUACAAAAAGUUUAGUUUAGAAAUUAAAUUAUUAAAUCAACUAGAUGCGAAACACGAAUAAAUAACAAAGCAAUAUGUGACUAAUGAAUGAAAGGUUUUUAGUUAUUUAAAUUAAAACAAAAACUGUUUUCAAAUUAAACUAAUUAAAUUCUAAAUAAUUUAAAAUUAAUUAAAAUUUUUAAGAAUGUAUAUUAAUUUUUUAUUUUUAUAAAUUAUUGUUAAGCUGUUUUUCAUAAACAAUAAGUAAAAAAUUAUAUAAAUAUUUUUAUAAUACCUAGAAUGCUUGUAAUAAUUUAAAAUAGUAAUUGUCGAUGUUAGAUUGCUAUUUCUUAAUUGAUUGUUUAGGAAGAAAUUUUUAAAUUAAUUAUAGACAAUUUUUUAGAAUAAAAAGAAACACAAUUUGUCAAAAUGUUUAAAUAUUUAUUUUAAAUAAUUAGAUAAAUUCUUCUUAAACAUUAUUAACUCAUUUCUUUUGAACACAAUUUUUUAAAUAGUAUUUUUUACGUUAUUGAUACAUUCCAUAUAUUUAAUGAAAUUUCAAAAAUUUUAAACAUAUCUAAAUUUUUUUCCAUUGUCAAAAACGAAAAUUUGUGGAAAAAUUUUAAAUACGUUUAAAUGAAUAUUAUAUUUUAAUCGAACAAAAUUAAAAGCGUAGCACCCCCUUAAUUUUAAAUUAUGUCAUUUGUGAUUUUUAAAAAAUCCUAAAGCAAUAAAAUUUCUAUUACUUUUAUAAUAUAAAUUGUCACGAAUGACUAUAGUCAAUUACAUUAUAAAAUAUAUUAAAGAUUAAAUCAUUUUUUUAAAAAUGUAUCAACAUUAUUUUAAUUUAUAAAUAUUUUGGAGUGUUUUUCUUUUCCUUGUUUAAGUCGAACAUAUUUAAUCUAUUUUUCAAAAAAAAAAACCAGGUAACAUUUUUUUAUCAUUUUUAACUCAUUUUUUAUAGAUAUAAAUGAAAUAAAUAUAAAAUUAUUUUUAUAAAGCUUAUUUCACAUAUAUUUUAUUUGGUAUAAACUCAAUUUCAAUAAAUCUCAAUUAACAUAAAAUUUAUUUGAAAUAAAACUUAUUUGCUGUAAAUCUUGAUAUAAAUAAAUUACAAUAAUAACAAAUUAAAAAGAGAAAAGGAUGUUUUGUCUUGUUUUUUGAGAAGAAUAUAUUAAAUAUAUAUUUGACUUAAAUCAAGACACACAUUUUAAAAAGAUACACAUAUCUUUGAAACGUAUCGCAAAAAGAAAUUUUGACCAAAAUAUUUAUUUCCAUUUAUGGGCUGUGGUUUUUUACAGGCUUCAGACUGAAUCGUCACUGAAGAAUGGAUUUAAAAAAAAAAAUAAAUUAAAUAUAAUACAAAAGUUGACUCACAGAUCACGAGAAAAUUUUUUUUACACAAUUUUCCAAUUAUUUAUAAAAAAAAUUAUAUGUAUGAAAUUGCACUUUAAAAUUGUCAAAACACAAAAGUUCCGAGUUUGCGAAAAAAAAAAUUAUUAAACUAUAAUAAUGCAAUAUUAAAUAAAUAUAAAUACACAAUAUUGCAAUAUUACGUAAACUCAGAAGUUCGGUGAUUUUGUCAGUCUAGUUGCAUUUACACACCUUAGAAAAUAAUUUAAGUAGAUAAAAAAAAGUCUAUUAAAAUAUGUUUUCUAAAUUUUUUUCUCAAAUGUUUCAGAACCGAAAAAAGACUCUUGUGUAAAUAAAAAAUAGUUUAUCAAUAAAAAAAAAACAAAAACAAAACAUUGUUGUAGAAAAUAUUGCCGUGGAUAUAACAUUUAAGAAUAAGAUUUAUUCUCGAGAAAAUAAUAAAAGUCUUCGUUCCAAGACGAAACAGGACCAAGGAAGCGACUCUUCUGAUAUCUUCAAGUUUCACUUAAUAAUAAGCACUCUAAUAUUAAGAGGAAUUAUAUAAGUAGCCUAGGAUAUAAAUACCACGGCAAUUAAUAAUGAAUGAAUUUUAAGAAAAAAAAAUUAUCUAUUUCCUCCUAAUCUGCGAGUCACUGAUAAAAAUAAUAAUAAUAAUAUUCUCUUUUUAAGUCUUUCUCUAGUCAAAAAAAGAAUGAAAAACAGAAGAUCUAUUGAGCCAAUCUGUUUUUUGAAAAUUCCUAUUUUAAAAGAGUACAAAUUAAAAUUUUUUUAUUCAAGAGAAUUUACUCUGUUUCACACCGAAACGUAAUAUUGCAAAAUAUUUUUUUUUUAACUUGUAUCAUUUUCAGUUUAAAUCACAAAGUUUUGUAAUUGCGCUAUUUCCAGAAUCGUCCCAACUGCCUCUUACGGUCUAUAUAUUAUAUCAAAUACAGAUUUCUUAUCGACAAUUUUAAAAAUGAGAAAAAAAACACAUCUAACGCAUAUUUAUAUGUAUGAUUCAUUCAUAAAUAUGAAAAAAAAAAUAUAUUUGUAUAUAAACAUAUGUAAAACAUAUAGAAGUACGUUACAAUUCGCCUGUGCCAAGCUCGAAUCUAUCAUCAACGCUAAACCAUAUUAUAAAUAUAAUAAUUAAAAAGAAAACUUCGUUCCGAAAGGAAAUAUAAUAUUUCUUCAUUCUCAACGCCUACUGUAAACUACGCAUAAUUACAUGACACAUAAUUAAAUGACAUAAAAGUUGGCCAAUAAAAAAAUGUUACACAAAAAAUGUUGUCUUAGAAAAAAAAUAAAUUCUUCUCUUUACGUUAUUCACGAGUUUAAAAAAAACAUUGUAAACCUUGGCAUACUUAUAUACAUGGAAAAAAUAUGAAAUCGUAGAAGGAUUUAUCAAUUUGCUGUAGAAAUUAUAAAAAAAAAAUUAUUGUAAAUUCUAUACAUUUAAAGCACACAUUAAUGUGUGAAUAUAAAUCUUCCACAUGAAGUUACCAAAAAGUCAAAAACACACUUCUUGGAUUUUUAAAGCGAUUCGACUAUAUUAUAUGUUAAAAAAUAAAAAAAAAGUCGGCCGAGAAAGACCCGUGUCUGUUCGAAUUUCAAAAUUUUGUAUUUUUCCAAUAACUAUAUAAAUUCGCGCAAAUAUAAAUAAAGUCUUGCGUCGCGUAUAUAAGCAGAAAUAAAAAAUAAUAAUAAUAACGUUCUCAUCUUCGAAUAUACCAAUCGUAUACGGUGAUCGAAUAAGACAGCUAUAUUAAAAAAAAAUAUUAUAUAUUUUUUUUUUGAUUUUUCAAUAAAUUUCUUCAAAUAUUUCUAUGUUAAAAAUAUAAAAUUCUGUUAAAUGAUACAUAUAUAUAAUAUAUGGAGAUGAUUGUUUAUUUAUGUGUGAAUAUUUGCAUUUAAUUUUAUGAGAUGAUUAUAUAAAGAAAAAUUAAAGUUUUGAAAACAAUAAUCAAUUAUUAAGAAAUAAAUAACCUAAGAACAUUUUAGAAGAGAGACAGGUAUACUGCAUGCUGUGAUUCAACGAGUGAAAUGAAUUAUAUUCAGUUAAAUAAUCUUCAAAUAAAGGGUGCUAUUCAAUA